ACCUGUGGCAAUAGUAGAAUGCUUAAGUGCUGUGUGCAUGUCAUUGUUGAAACCGGUGAUGAGGAGGCGAACGCUGGAUAUAAAGCAACACAUGAAUUACAAGAGUUUCAACGAAACGAAAACAAGCGACAUUGUACAAUAAGUCCUCCAAUUUCACAGGUGCGGCGACGUCGGCAGACCUCGGAGGCCUGAUGAUUCAAGCGUUCGGUAAGCAGUACUCUGGUUUAUGAUCAGGAUGUGUUGCUCUUUUCCUCAUCAUGUGGAACCUGAAAUCUAACGAGAUAAUGGACCAACCAGAAUGUUCGCGAUCGAGAGCUUCUGUUGUUCGCAUUAUACACUCAUUUCCGUCCAUGCCGAUCAAAGUAAGAUCUCCAGCGCGGCUUUGAGCGCGAAUUUCCUGGGUUCAGCAAAGUGUACACCAUGAAAACUGUUGGUAGAAGGCGACGAGCACAAGUUCAUCAAUACGAAAAGUUAGCAGACUACAUCUCGCCCACAGCGUGCUUGGCUUGCUUUGUUCUUUUGUUUUGGCUUUCUGCCUCAUUACUUCACACCUCUCGGCAUGAUCCUAUCGUUACUCGGAGCGGUCUAGCAGACACUGCAAAUUGGGGACGAUCAAAUCAGCAUGAUUCAUCUUUGAAUUUCAAUUUUGAUUCCGAAUCGACGAAUCCCAAAAUUCGAGAUAGCGCAUCUAAGGUUGGCAAGUUAUUGGGAGUUGAGGAUCAGGCAGUGAAUGGAGAAAGUGAUUCACUGGUGAGAGCUGGUAAAGGCGACUUCGAGCUUGUUUCAAGAGUUGCAUUUGGUUCCUGCACAUCUAGAAGAGAUGUAUACCAACCAAUAUGGCGACAAGGCGUAAUACCAAGUUCUCCACAGGCUUGGAUAUGGGCAGGUGACAUAGCGUACAUGGAUUGGCCUGAUACCAACUGCAAGGAGAAGCCUGAACAUUUCGAGUGUAAUUGCACUCGUGAUUGGCUCCAUGUGAAUCGGCAAACCUGUCUCGCAGGCGAUGUUGCGCAUGCAAGGAAGAAGUUGGAAAUUCAGCUUCAAAAUCCGGAUUACCAGCAGUUUGUAGAGUACAUGUGUCCGGACAUCAAGAAUCUGGGCUCUGGACAUCGGGAUCUGUCUCUUUGCGCCAGGCCAAUAGUUGGAACGUGGGAUGAUCAUGACUACAAUUGGCAAGACGGAGACAAGCGUUUACCAAAUAAAGAACAGCAAAAAAAGUUAUAUCUUGACGCCUUUGGAGUACCUUCGAACAGUCCCCGCCGAGAGAAGGAUCGUGGCAUCUACUGGAAGCACACUUUAAAUGAGGGGACUAAAGGGAAGGAGAUUGACGUGUUUCUUCUUGACGAGAGAUUCCACCGGGAUAACAAGCCAUGCGAAACAAGACGAGAAUUCUGUGAGAAGGUGGCUGUUCCGGAUCCUAAGAAGUACAAGCAUGCCUGGUGUAAGGACUUUAUUUUCGGUGGCGCAGAUGGAAAAGGUUCUUGCUGCAGGAAAGAUGAACAAAUAUGGGCAGGGUGGUGCAAAGAAAAUUCCCAGCUAGGUGACGAUCUUUGGGAAGCAGCUUGCGAUCCGACAUCCGAGACAUAUGGGUUUCCAGGUCUAGAGAUAGACAUCAGCUCCGGUGGUCCUAUUCGAGCUGGACCCAACUCAAAUACUACUCACGGUGAAGGUGUAUUGUGCGAGGUGAUCGGAGUGAAUCAAAGGGCAUGGUUACAAGAUGAACUUCGCAAAUCAGAAGCUCCACUGAAGCUUAUUGUGUCAGGAUCUCCCGUUUUCAACAACCCGGAGGAAUUUGUUUGCUCGAAGGCUCUUAAGAGGAGACCUUCAGUAAAUUGUACAUGCUUUGAUGACUAUGAUUGUUACAGACCAGCGCAAUUGAACCUGCUCCAUAAUCUGGCUCAAGCCCCAGGAUGUGUGGUUGUUCUUACAGGAGAUUUUCAUUUUUCAGACAUAAAGGUUUUGCAGCCAGGAAGUCAAAAAUAUAGUGGUGCAUAUGAUAGCUUCCACCUUCCACGAGCUAUCUAUCAGAUAAUGGCAAGUGGUCUGACUACCGACACUGCCCAGCAUGCUCCUUGUGAUGGUUACCGGAUAGAUAAAGCUGGUUUCAGACCUGAAGGCGAAUGUGCAUUUGUAUCUGGACCAGCGUUUGGCAUGAUCGAGAUAGACUGGGAUACACCUGAGCAACUUGCCAAGCUGCAGAUCCGUGACGAGUUUGGUGUAGUUACUCUAGAAAGCACGCUGAGGUUAGAUAAGUGCACUCCAGUUUAGGAUGGAUCUUAGGAAGGAACUGUUGUUUGAAGCCUCCUGGUGAAACCACACAUGAAAUUGAAUGCUUGUUUAGCUAAGCUGGACGAGAAAUGCUGUGGGAUUGGAUGGUACUGUUGACAAUUUGAGAUUCCUGCUUAGGCCAAUUUGUUAAGAGCAACCUUUUUAUUUAAUUAGCAGCCCUUGUGAGUGGGUGGCGACUUUUUCACCUCAAAACUGAACAUACGAUUGGGACAAGUAGUCUCGUUGUGUAGAUUGCGCAAACGUAUCACGUUUUGGAACGAUCCAGUCGAAUGAAGUGACAAUAUCUUUCGUAAACGAUUUCGUCAGAUACAUGUAAAUACUGCUAUGGGAAGUAGCGUGGAACAUCCCCCUCACUAUGGCUGGGUUUAUCGUAUCGCCUUCGCCAGUCCUUAUUAACAUAGUUCUGAAAAAACUCUUAAUGUUCUUCUAGUGA